AUGCUCGUAUUGAUUGAAUCAGAUGCCAAGGGCCGAUGCGCCAUCGGUUACGCCAUGACGCAGUACCACCAGAUUUCCUGCAUCCGCUUCGUCCCGCGUACGGUCCAGUCGGACUACAUCAAAAUCAACAGACUCGAUACCACAGCUUUCAGUUGCUCCUCAUCGGUAUUUGGUUACCGUAAAGGUUUAGGAGCACACCAUAUCACUUUGUCGCCCAGCUGUUACAAGUCUCAAGCGGGCACCGUCAUACACGAAUUGAUGUAUCGUAUCGGGUUCGCCCACGAACACAAUCGACCCGAUCGUGAUAAAUACGUCAACAUUCUUUGGGAUAAAAUUAUUGAUAAAGGUUAG